AUGCCUCUUCUGUCCAGCACCGUGGGCCUCGCAGGCCUUCUCUUCUGGACAGGCCACACAGUUGGGGCCUUAAAGAUGUCCAACACCACACUGGUCCAGGGCCGACCAAAGAACAUAGCUGCGUGGUCCCUGUCUGGCCUGGGGGUGCCUCGGCACCGGCGGAAGCGCCACAUCUCUGCCCGGGACAUGAGUGCCUUGCUGGACUAUCACAACCACAUCCGGGCCAGCGUACGCCCACCUGCUGCCAACAUGGAGUAUAUGGUCUGGGAUGAGCAGCUGGCCAGGUCUGCUGAAGCCUGGGCCACUCAGUGCAUCUGGGCCCACGGACCCUCACAGCUGAUGAAAUACGUGGGCCAGAACCUCUCUAUCCAUUCUGGCCGGUACCGUUCUGUGGUAGAUCUUGUGAAGUCUUGGUCUGAGGAAAAGCGGCAUUACUCAUUUCCCACUCCAAAGGAUUGUGCCCCGCACUGCCCUUGGCUCUGCAGCGGUCCUGUCUGCUCUCACUAUACCCAGAUGGUGUGGGCAUCCUCCAGUCGGCUGGGCUGCGCUCUUCACACCUGUGGCAGCAUCAAUGUGUGGGGCAGCACCUGGCAGCAGGCCGUGUACCUGGUCUGCAACUACGCCAUUAAGGGCAACUGGAUCGGGGAGGCACCCUACAAGACCGGGAAGCCAUGUUCUGCCUGUCCUCCCAGUUACCAAGGCAACUGCAACAGCAACAUGUGCUUCUCUGGGCUCAAGUCCAACAGGCUCCCAUGGGUCUGAGCUGGCCCAAUGUAUGGCACUGCUGGCUAGGAGAGGGAGAACAGGAGUUGG